GAGGCUGUGACAAAUGAGUCGUUAAAGCCACACUUCUCGCUCCUGCGGCGGCCGGGUGCUUCGUCAUGGCCGGCAACUGGAAACGAUGCCUCCGGUCUUGAAUGGAAGAUUGAUUUCAGGCGUCAAAUGAGAAACUCGGCCGCCCAAUCAGAGAGGAGGUGACUAAUAUGCAAAUGAGGUGUUAUCACUGUGACGUCAGCAGCAGCGUUCGAGCCGCUGAGCUCAGGUCGUCAGCAGGAGUACAACUAACAACAAGUUCGCCUAAAACACUCUGAAGGAAAGUGCGCGGUCGCUCGCCUGGGUUCCGGACUGUGACAUGAUGGACAUUCGGUUUUGGUGAGCGAACGGUUUAUUGGGGCCAUCAUCGUCCAAAGUCGACCAUGGACCUCUUCAAUGACCCAAACCUCUUUACGGGAGGCCUGGAAGAACUGGUUGAGGAUGGAUUUCCUUCUGCACCAUCGUUUGUGGACGAACUUAACCUUGGUGUUGACUUUGAGCCCGUUCAAAUGGGCCAUCACACUUCCGGAAAACACCAAGUUAUGAUGCCACCUGCUUCCUCUACGGCAACCCAGCAAAACAUCCCUUCAUACAAUCAUCAGAUUGGUCACUAUGGUGCCGUAAAGGCACAGAGUCCAAACCUGAUGAGGCAGGUAUUUUCCAGCCCUCAUGGGUCAGGGGGUGGAGUUGGUGGCAUGAUUGCAGAGCAGCAUGCUCAGUAUCAUAAUGCUUCUAUGGGCCAAGUUUCCCAAUCUAAUGCUAUGUUCUACAGCAGCAGUAGCGCAAUGUGGCUAAACCAGGACCAGAAUGGUAACGCGUACCACCCUGUUAGUCAACUGCAGCAGCAGCCGUCACUUUCUCAGCAGCAGCAACUACACAACCAUCAUCUCCAUGCCAGACAAAUGCAAUCACAGCAGCAACACCACCCCUGUCAUCAGCAGCAGCAGAGAAUGCGACAGCAGCUGCAGCAACCACAGGGUCAUCAGCUGUUGAACCAGCAGCGGCACCAUCAUAUUAACACGCAAGCUGUGCCUCUGCAGCAACAGCACGAUUUUGCAUUUCACCAGGGAGGUCAAACUCAGAGGGCACAGCAGGAGCAUCAUUAUCAACACCAGGUUCAACAACACCAGCUAUCUAUUGGGGGGCAGAGGUUUCAUUCUCGGGCUCCCCAAAGCAAGUCCUAUAUGGUGAGUGAGAAUGACCCUUUGGCUGGCGACCUUAAGCCGAGUGGCUUCCAUUUGAACAUGGGAAAUCAAGCCUACACUGGCUCCGGUCUGGUUGGAAAUGCGGUGCCUCUGCCCAUGCAUUCAACAUCUAUGGUUCACCCACCAACCACAUACUCUGCCAGUUCAACCUCUCCAUAUCAGUCAGCUCAGUUUCCUGCAUACCCCGGAGAACCGGAAAUACCCGGUAUCAGUCAGCAGUCGUCUGUGCCUCUGCCCACCACUGCUCCCUUGGGCUCCGCUAUGCCGCAGUCUGGGUCAGCAUGUCAGUUUUCAUCACUUGUGGAUCGGCAGCAGACAAGAACGGCGAUGAGCCAGACACAGGAGUCUGAGAUGUUUGAUGACAAAAUGUCUUCCUUCUCUAACAUGAGUCGUCAACUGCCUUCUGAACAGCCACAUAGCUGUGGGGCUAUCAACGCUAAAGGAUACCAAAAUUUAGAAGAGACUUUUCCACCGUUGAUGGCUCAGGACGGUGAGUUGGACAGGCUGGAAUCGCCUGAUCUGCUGCCAGACAUACUACCCCAACUGGAGGCCGCUCUCAGCCAACAGGAUGAACAGUCAAACAGUUGCUGGGUGGAUUCCAACCAAGAGCACCUGGGGCCACCACCAGUUGAAAACGAAGAUGUGAAGCCUCGAAAGAACGCUAAUGGUCCAGGAAGUCAAAUACGGGCCCUCAGUCCCCCUAUGAAGAGCAGCUCAUCGUCAUCUUCAUCAUCCUCAUCUUCGUCCUCCUCAUCAUCCUCAUCUAGCUCCUCCUCGGAGAAGAAAAAGAAGUCACGGAGGAAGCACCAUCAGAUGGAUUCAGAAUCUCACGACAAGCAGGAAAAGGCUAAUCGGAUAAUAUCGGAAGCCAUCGCAAAAGCAAGACAACGUGGAGAGCGAAAUAUCCCCAGAGUUAUGAGCCCAGAAAGCUUCCCCAGCUCUUCCUCACAGCACAAGUCCCAUCGUGAGCAUAAAGGAAAUGGCAAAACACGACUUAAGGAGAAGGCCAGUAGGAAGGCUUGUAUCAUCCCCUCAUCUAAGAGCAAGCAGAAGUCCAAGAUUGGAAAAAUCGUCAUCAAAAUUGGCAAGAAGAAGAAAAGAAAGCCUGAGUCUUCCGAAGAUGAAUCUGAUGAUGACCAACCGCCUCGGCACAGCUCAAAAGGAGACUCUAAGAGGCGAUCGAAUCGUCAGGUGAAAAGGAAGAAGUAUGCUGAGGAGCUGGAAGCCAGACUGUCGGACGACGAUGUCAAGGUCAUCGUCAAGGCCAAGAAAACCAACCCUGCAUCCAAGCAGCCUGCAGUCCAGCUGUUUGUUGAAAAUCCCACUGAAGAGGAUGCAGCUGUUGUUGACAAAAUCAUGUCUUCACGUGUUACCAAGAAGGAGGUCCCUCCAGGAGGAGUGUUGGUCGAAGUGGAAGAGUUCUUUGUCAAGUACAAAAAUUACUCCUACCUCCACUGUGAGUGGGCUACAGAGCAGCAGCUGGAGAAGGACAAGAGGAUUCAGCAAAAGAUCAAACGCUUCAAGAUAAAACAAGCACAGAGGGCGCUCUUCUUUGCCGAUAUGGAGGAGGAGCCCUUUAACCCUGACUACGUGGAGGUGGACCGAGUACUGGAGGUGUCUUACUGUGAGGACAAAGAUACAGGAGAGGAGGUGGUCUACUAUCUUGUGAAGUGGUGCUCGCUGCCGUACGAGGACAGCACCUGGGAGCUGAAGGACGACGUGGAUCAGAGCAAGAUUGAAGAGUUUGAGCAGCUGCAGGCAGUCAAGCCAGACUCUCGCAGGGUGGACCGACCACCCACAAAUCUAUGGAAGAAGAAGGAGCAAUCAAGAGAGUAUCGCAAUGGAAACAGCCUCAGGGAUUAUCAGUUGGAGGGGGUCAACUGGCUCCUUUUUAACUGGUACAACAGGCGGAACUGUAUACUGGCAGACGAGAUGGGUCUUGGUAAAACCAUCCAGUCCAUCACGUUCUUGGAAGAAAUCUAUCGUGUGGGCAUCAAAGGACCGUUCCUCAUCAUUGCCCCUCUUUCCACCAUUGCCAACUGGGAGCGGGAAUUCCGUACUUGGACUUAUCUCAACGUCAUCGUCUACCAUGGAAGCAUGGUCAGCAGGCAGAUGCUGCAGCAGUAUGAGAUGUACUUCAGGGAUGCUCAGGGCCGUGCAAUACGAGGUGCCUACAAGUUCCAAGCCGUCAUCACCACUUUUGAGAUGAUCCUGGGAGGUUGUCCCGAACUGAAUGCCAUCGAGUGGCGCUGUGUUAUCAUUGAUGAGGCCCACCGACUCAAGAACAAGAACUGCAAGCUGCUGGAAGGAUUUAAACUGAUGAAUCUGGAGCACAAAGUCCUUCUGACAGGAACUCCUCUUCAGAACACUGUGGAGGAGCUCUUCAGCCUGCUCCACUUUCUGGAACCAGCACGCUUUCCCUCAGAGAGCACCUUCAUGCAGGAGUUUGGAGAUCUGAAGACUGAGGAGCAGGUCCAAAAGCUCCAGGGAAUCCUGAAACCUAUGAUGCUGCGGCGCCUAAAGGAGGAUGUGGAGAAAAAACUGGCCCCUAAAGAAGAAACCAUCAUCGAGGUGGAGCUCACCAACAUUCAGAAGAAAUACUACCGGGCCAUUCUCGAGAAGAACUUUUCCUUCUUGGCCAAAGGAGCAGGUCAGGCCAACAUGCCCAACCUGGUCAACACUAUGAUGGAGCUAAGAAAGUGUUGCAACCAUCCCUACCUCAUCAAAGGAGCUGAAGAGAAGAUCCUGGAAGACUUCAAGGAGGUGUGUAACCCCUCUGCACUUGACUUUCACCUCCAAGCAAUGGUCCAGUCUGCCGGGAAGCUGGUCCUCAUUGACAAGCUGCUUCCCAAGAUGAAAGCUGGCGGUCACAAAGUGCUCAUCUUCUCUCAAAUGGUGCGCUGUCUGGACAUCUUAGAAGACUACCUCAUUCAGAGAAGGUACCUCUACGAGCGUAUUGAUGGGCGGGUUCGUGGAAAUCUGAGGCAGGCAGCCAUCGACCGAUUCAGCAAGCCAGACUCGGACCGCUUUGUUUUCCUUCUCUGCACCAGAGCCGGAGGUCUGGGAAUCAACCUCACGGCCGCCGACACCUGCAUCAUCUUUGACUCUGACUGGAACCCGCAGAAUGACCUGCAGGCCCAGGCCCGCUGCCAUCGGAUCGGUCAGAACAAGGCGGUGAAGGUGUACCGUCUGAUCACCAGGAACUCCUACGAGCGAGAGAUGUUUGAUCGCGCCAGCCUGAAGCUGGGUUUGGACAAAGCAGUGCUCCAGAGCAUGAGUGGACGAGAUAACAGCCUGGGAGGGGCUACUGGUGGAGGGGCCACACAACAGCAGCUUUCCAAGAAAGAAAUUGAGGAUUUGCUGCGGCGUGGUGCCUAUGGAGCCAUCAUGGAUGAGGAGGACGAAGGGGCCAAGUUCUGUGAGGAGGACAUCGACCAGAUCCUUCAGCGCAGAACGAAAACCAUUACCAUCGAGUCUGAGGGACGCGGAUCCACAUUUGCAAAGGCCAGUUUUGUGGCAUCCGGGAACCGUACAGACAUCUCCCUGGAUGACCCCAACUUCUGGGACAAGUGGGCCAAAAAGGCAGACUUGGAUAUGGAAAUGGUCAACGGAAGAAACAGCUUGGUGAUUGACACUCCCCGUGUCCGGAAGCAGACAAGGCCCUUCAGCGCCACCAAGGAUGAGUUAGCAGAGCUGUCCGAGGGUGACAGCGACAGUGAUGACACCAAACCGAAACUCAGGCGAAACCAUGACCGCCUCAACAGCUACGGACGAACGGAGUGCUUCAGAGUGGAGAAGAACCUGCUCGUAUACGGUUGGGGUCGUUGGAAGGACAUUCUCACCCAUGGUCGUUUCAAGAAGCAGCUGACGGACAAAGACGUGGAGUCCAUCUGCAGGGCUCUGCUCUCCUACUGCCUGGUGCACUACCGCGGUGACGACAAGAUCAAAAGCUUCAUGUGGGACCUGAUCGCCCCGUCUGAAGAUGGACGCACCCGGGAGCUGCAGAAUCAUCUAGGCUUGUCGGCUCCGGUUCCUCGGGGCAGGAAGGGGAAGAAGAUGAAGACUCAGUCCAGCACUUUUGACAUCCACAAAGCUGAGUGGCUGAGGAAGCACAACCCAGAGCACAUGCUGCAGGACGAUGGCUACAAGAAACACCUCAAGCACCACUGCAACAAGGUGCUGCUCCGGGUCAGAAUGCUCUACUACCUGAAACAAGAGGUGAUUGGUGACCAGGCCCAGAAGGUGCUGGACAAUGUGGACUCCAGUGAGAUAAAGAUCUGGGUCCCGGAGCCGGACCACUCUGAGCUGCCGGCUCUGUGGUGGGACGCCAUCUCUGACAAGUGUUUGCUGCUGGGGGUCUACAAGCACGGUUACGAAAAGUACAACACAAUCCGUGCGGAUCCAGCACUGUGCUUCCUGGACCGAGUGGGGCGGCCUGAUGAGAAAGCCAUCGCUGCUGAACAGAGAGGAAAUGAUUUCAUGGACGGGGAUGUGGAUGACCCGGAAUACAAACCCGCCCCGGCUCUGAUCAAGGAUGAGAUAGAGGAUGAUUCGUCCUCUCCUGGCGACUUGGUCAUCACUGACAACGCUGGAGAGCCGCUCCCCCUCAUGGAAGGCCAAGGUUCCUACUGGCCCUCAUCUUCUGCGCUGACGGCUCGCCUGCGGCGUCUCAUCACAGCUUCACAGCGAUUCACCAAGAGCAGGCAGAUCCUCCACAUCCACCAGGUCCAGUCUCAAACCCAACAUGCCAUGGUCAUGUCUGCGCCACUGUGCCCACUGCCGCCCACACUCAACGACUCCUUCAAUCCCAAAAUGGCUGCCAAGAUCGAGCGUCAGCAGAGGUGGACCCGGCGGGAAGAGGCCGAUUUCUAUCGGGUCGUCUCUACUUUUGGCGUGGUUUUUGACCCAAACAUCGGCCGCUUUGACUGGACCAAGUUCAGGGCGAUGGCCCGGCUGCACAAGAAGACUGACGAGAGUCUGCAGAAAUACCUCUGUGCUUUCACCGCUAUGUGCCGGCGGGUUUGUCGCCUGCCCCCUAAAGAAGGAGACACGACUGUGGAGCCGUCUCUCAACAUCCAGCCAAUCACAGAGGAGCGAGCAUCUCGCACGCUCUACAGAGUGGAGCUGCUGCGCCGGGUGAGGGAGCAGGUCCUUCGUCACCCGCUCCUGUACGAGCGCUUGCCGCUGUGCCAGAUAAGUUCUGACCUCCCUGUCUGGUGGGAGGUGGGCACGCACGACCGGGACCUGCUGAUCGGUGCUGCCAAGCACGGAGUCAGCCGCACUGACUACCACAUUCUGCGUGAUCCCGAGCUCAGCUUCAUGGCAGCGCAGCGCAACUACAGCCAGACAAAAGCGCCCACGCUGCAGUCCCACACUGCCACCCCAGUCCUGCAGCCUCAAUUCCAGACGCCCAGCUCGCUGCUGACCAGCUCUCCUCCUGUGUCUGUGAGAGAUACGGAGCCCAGCAGCGUUGUCCCUAAAGUGGAGCCACCUUCAGAGGGCGAGGAGAACAAAGAGAAACAGAUGUGGAGUUCGCCUCAACCUACAGCGACCCCCACAGGUGUGGAGGAGAAGCCUGUUUUCGACAAUGAGAAGCAGAUGGUGGCGGCACGGACCAAACCUCUCACACCAAACUCUGCGGAAAGGAAGCUGAAAAAGGCCAACAAGAGAGCGAGGAGGGAGGCUCGCAGGGAGGCCAGAAGGGGCGGACAGGGAGAUUCGGAGACAGACUCAGACGGCUCCUCUUCCAGCUCUUCGUCACGCUCCUCUUCCUCCUCAUCUUCCUCUUCUUCUUCCUCGUCACGAUCGGGAUCCAGCUCCUCCUCAUCAUCUUCAUCCUGCUCCUCCGGAUCCUCCUCGUCCUCUUCUUCCUCGUCCUCUUCAGAUGACAGUGACAGUGAAGGAGAGGCUGGAAAGAAGAAAGUGCCUGCCACAGCCAGUGUAAAAGGCUUCGACGAAGACAGCGUGGCUUCAGUGGGAACGACGCAGGAUGAAACACAAGACACCCUCAUGUCUGAGAACGGAGUAUCCCACAACUCUUCACAUGCUUUCCAGGGAGGGGGACACAUGCUUGCCGCCUCCUACUGGCCAAAGGAUCGUGUGAUAAUCAACCGACUGGACAGCAUCUGCCAAGCAGUGCUCAAGGGCAAGUGGCCCGGAGUACGGCGAGCGUAUGAGCUCGGAAGUGCCGUGGCCUCGUUCUACACUACAAAACUACUGGACAACGCCUCCAGCCUGUGCGAGGACCCCUCGGCCUCGCCACAGGGGUCAAAGGUGACCAAGCAUGUUGCAGAAAACAAGGAGUUCUCAGUAAAACUGAACGAUCAGGAAGGGGGUUUGAAACUGACCUUCCAGAAACAAGGUCUACCUCUGAAGAGGCCCCUGGAUCUGGAGGAGGGGCCGCAGGCUCAGCAGCAGUACCUGGCCAGGCUUCACGACCUGCAGAGCGCCUCAGACUCUGGCCUGGCCGACAUCACCAAGCCACAGUGCAGCUUCCAGAACGUGCCUUCAGGUCUUCCUGCUCAAAUGAGGCUAAACGGCGUCAUGGACGGCCAGCCUGUGGUGAAGAAGCGAAGAGGAAGGAAGAAGAAUGUGGAGGGCAUGGACCUGCUAUUCAUGAACGCAAACCGAGUCCCGGCUGUUCCAAAUCAGGUGCCUCCUGGGUGGGGCGGCAUUGGCCAGGUGGGGAUGGCUGGAGUUCCAGGAGCAAUCCCGGGCUAUGGUCAGAGCUCUGGUCAAAUCCCUGGUGAGAUGGACAGCAGAGUUCCGGUCAUCAACCUCAAGGAUGGGACCCGACUGGCCGGCGAUGACGCCCCCACAAAGAAAGAUUUGGAUCAGUGGCUGCUGGAGCAUCCAGGCUUCGUGGCUGACACCGGCGCCUUCAUUCCUGGAAUGAACAAGAUGCACCUGCAGUUCCACUUCCAAGACGGUCGGCCCAAGCAGAAGAGGCAUCGCUGUCGGAACCCCAACAAGAUCGACGUCAACAGCCUGACCGGAGAGGAGCGGGUCCAGAUCAUCAACAGGAGGAACGCGCGGAAGGUCGGUGGAGCCUUUGCUCCGCCUCUUAAGGAUCUCUGCCGGUUCCUCCAGGAGAAUCCUGAGUAUGGAGUCCCACCGGAAUGGGCUGACGUUGUCAAACAGUCGGGCUACCUCCCGGAGAGCAUGUUUGACAGGAUCCUGACUGGACCCAUUGUCCCGGAGGAGGUCAGUCGGCGUGGACGACGGCCCAAGAACCCUCUGGCCAGGGCAGCAGCCGCCGCGGCAGGAGCAGCGGCAGCAAAGAACCCCUCGACCUCUGCCUUGGGGCUGAACCCCAUGCUGACCAACGGCCUGAUGAGCGGCAUGGACCUGAGCAGCCUGCAGGCCCUGCAGAGCCUACAGUCCAUGCAGCUGACGGCAGGACUCAUGAGUCUCCCGUCAGAGACUCACGCCAGCAACCUGGCCGCCACAAACCUGGCCGCCAUGUUUCCCAUGAUGCUGUCGGGAAUGACGGGUUUGCCCAACCUGCUGGGAAUGAGCGGCCUGAUGGGGAAAGAGGGCGUCUCUGAGGACAGGGAGAAGGGACCGGCAGCGACUCACCCCAAAGCCCCGCCUCACACCUCCGACACUAAAGCAGACAGGACAGAAAGCUCAAGCGUUUCCAGCACCACUCCCUCCACCGCCGACCCACAAAGUGCUUCUGCCGCCGCCCCGGCGUCCGAUCACUCGCUGUCUCUUAACCCUUUGUUACUCUCCAAUAUGCUUUACCCAGGGAUGCUUCUCACUCCAGGCCUUAACCUUCCUGUGUCCGCCACACAAGGCUCAAACAGUGACCCGGCACCUGCGGCUGCUCCCGCACCUCCUCCCUCGUCUUCACAGGAGCAGCCGGCGGGAACCGACCCGGACGAGCAGAUCGACAAAGAGGAAGCUCCCGAGGAGGACGACGAGUCGGAGCAGAAGGACAUCAGCGGCCCGGAAGGUUCAGGGAAAGGCGACUCUUCGUCAUCGGACUCCGGGAGCUCCUCCUCUUCCUCGGGUGACUCGGACUCCAGCGACGAGGACUGAUUGAAUAGUUAUAAAUUUAUUUAUGUAUUGCCUAGAAACAUAUAUUCACAUAUUAUGGAUUUUCCAGCACUUGGUUGUGAUUUCUUUACUUGUACAGACAAGAACUAACUCAAAUGUUGUGUAAUAAAGUAAAAAGCAAAACAAAAAAAAAACGCCAAAAAAAAAAAAAAAAGAGCUGAAAUGAAAUUUCAGUGUUUGUCGAUAAAGGUACCGUUUUGUUUUGAGACAUUUUGCAUGUCAGACUUUGGUAGACCUUUGUGAGUAUGUACAACCGCGAGGAGGAAAGGCAUUAUUGUAACUACGUCAGGAUUUAAUUUUAUUAAAGAAGUCACACGAACACGCCGAGCUGUACUAUUAAUAUAUUUUGAUUGUCUGGGCUUACGUUUGGGGGUGGGGGCGCUCUCUGCUCUUGUAAAUAGUCAGCACUUAUCAGGUUCGUCGACAUUUUUGUUUUGCUUCGCCGAUCAUGCGCUGGAUUUGUCAGCAAUAAUUUUGGGCAGCUAAUGAAUGUCACUGAAGCUGUAGAUUCGAUCUACCACGUUCCAACCUGCUGCACGAAUGACGCCGGCACAUUGGUUCCUUACCCUCUCUGUCUGGAGGAGUGAAAUCCGACUUUGUGACACCUUCACAAUUCGCAGAUGAAGACUAAAAUCUCGUUCUAUUUUUAGGUUCUACAUGGAAGUGAGUUUGGUUUUGGGUGCGUUCAGCCUUCUGGCUGAGUCCAGAUUUAUUCAUUUUUGGAUUUUGUUUUUCCCAAUUUCCUGCUGCAUCACACGUCUCUGAGAAGGUUAUUGGAUGGAUUUUUCUGUGUUCGAUGUCCAUCAUGUUGAGAAAACCUAAUGGUUAUGUUUAACUGUAAAUAUAAGAUCAUAUGGCUCGCCCUAAUUACUUCAUUUUGGGGCUCAUUUAACCUGAAAAAUGGCUUGAUUUGUUUCAAAAUCAAGUGCCAAAAAUAAACCUUUUUUUCUGGAGUUAAAAGAAAACUGCGUUCAUCCGGUUUGGAAAGUCAACUGUUGUUUAAUUUCUUAUUAAACUGUUACCGGAGGUAGAUUUUCCUUUAAGACUGAGCGUCCAUCUGUUGAAUUCCUCCUGACACCUUUAACUUGCCUCACACUCAAAGGUGCACUUUAGUAUUCAGGUUUUGUCAUGACAGCGCGUUCCGCAUCGCCCAAACUGUCCUUCUUUUAGUUUAUGGGCUGAAACCAAAAAGCCUUGGUUUCUGAUUCACUGUGCUCAAGUCUUCUUGUCCAUGACGUCUGUCUGUGUUCCGCCAACCCUGAGCUUCCUCUGUGUACUCCGGCUGGACUGCUCCUCUCCUCUCUCUACUGCUUCCGUAACGUACGUCUAGAUUUGCCGGCUGAGUAGGACCCGGAUCAAUCAUUACCAGUUCUCGUCGUCUACCAAAGUCUCACUGACACAUGGCACAAGCACAAAAGUGGUGAAAUCUACAGCUUGAGAUUGUAGGAACGAUAGUGCCCAACAAGGUUGCAGACAGAAGUGCUUAAGUUCACUCAGCUAGAUGUAGAAGUGCCCUUAUCCUGUACCUCACCCAUUUUAAGACAAGUCAGGACACACGCGAACACUGGAAGCCGAAGUACCUUUUUCCUUUUUCUCUCAGACAACAGCCAAACUAUUGACUGUUAAACACGGGAGGAGGGUUUGUUUUGGUGUUGCCCUCACAAGUACAACUGUAGCAUUGUUCUCCGGUGUGUGACUCACACAGACUGACAUCAAGGUUUCCUCAUAAUGCAGUUAUUUUUGUAAGCCCCUUGCUUUUGUACGUCCAAGCUUGUAGUGCUCUUAUCAUCGCUGCUUUCGCUGACGUGUGGGAGAUGACUUCUUUUCCACUGUACAACUAUUCCCACUGCUCAAAGCUCUCAGCAGUGUUUGUCACGAAGACCAAUAUGCAAGAAGACUGACAAACACCGACAACUACUGUACACUUUUUCAUGACAUUAUUGCUUUUUUGUAAUUUUUAUUUCAUGCUUGAAUAAUGUCUUAUAAAUGUCAGCCUGGUUUUUUUUGUCCAGAUUCUUUUCAUUUCAUUGGACAGUUGUAAUAUUUGCAAGUUGUGGUCUGUGUAGUCGAAUAAUUCUCUGUAGUGGCAGGAAAAAAAAAGGCGUCUUAAAAAAAAAUAAAGUUGUUUGUAAUUUAUUGGAUUACUUUCUAUAGAGGAGGUUUAAUUAUUUUUAUUAAACAUAUUCUUCUGACUAUC